UUUGUCCCACCCGUUGCGGCUGGGGUGUGUUGAUCUGCAGCCGCAUCGCUGUCGGCGCCAUGCGUCGCUUGGUCACUUGGAGAAUUCUGGUCAGAAGAGAGGGAAAAAAACACUACCUGGAGCCUAGGGAACUGAGUGCCUAGGUAUGCACUGGCAGACGACACGGCUGUUGAGGCGGUAGUCUUGGGAACACGACAACCUUCAUAAGUUGCCAUUUCCGUCCAAGAGACAACUCCCAACACAUACAUCGUCAUCGCGAUGAGACCCCUGGAUGAGUCCAAGACUCGGUGGGACGAGACCCUUAAACAGAGCUCCAGUUUCCCCGACUUGCAGCGGGCUGUCAAGUUCAACGGGCCUACCAGCCCAUGCGUCUCUGGCUGUCGAUCUGUCUGCUGGAAGGCCUUCUUGCUCUUCAAGGACGUGAACGCGUCCAACUGGUCUCACGUCCUGCUUGAGAACAGGAACUCUUACAGUGCCCUCCGGGAACACUACCUCAAGUACAUCAAACACCCGGAGCUUCUCAACCAGCUUUCUCUCGAUCCGCUGGCAGAUGACCCUGACUCACCAUGGAACGCCGUCAGGGGCGAUGAGGCGAUCCGUGCGGAGAUACUGCAGGACGUCCAGCGUUUACCUGAUGAGCCUUUCUAUCACCAAGAGAGCACCCAGACACUCAUCCUGGACAUCCUGUUCAUAUGGGUCAAGCUGAACACCGAUCUGGGCGGUUACCGACAGGGCAUGCACGAGCUGCUGGCACCGCUCCUCUACGUGGUCGACAAGGAUGCCAUCGACCGUAAGAACGUCGGUGACGCCAUAGCAGAUCCCAACAUGGUCGAGAUGCUGGACUCGUACUUCAUCGAGCAUGACACCUUCGCUCUAUUCUCCAGGCUUAUGGACCAUACCAAGCCCUUUUACGAGGUCAGCGUGGACGCCGGCGGCCCCAUGCCCGGGGAACAGAGUGCAAUAGUCGAAAAGAGCAAGAUGAUCCAUGAAGUCGCGCUCAUGAGGAUCGACCCCGAGCUCGCCAAACAUCUCCAAAACAUCGAGAUCCUACCCCAGAUAUUCCUAAUUCGAUGGAUCCGGCUACUGUUCGGAAGAGAGUUCCCAUUCGAGCAGCAGCUCGUGCUAUGGGACACCAUAUUUGCCUUUGACCCCACCCUUGAGUUAAUAGACCUCGUAUGCGUCGCAAUGCUCCUGAGGGUACGAUGGACAUUGCUCGAGGCGGACUACACAAAUGCGCUGCAGCUAUUGCUGAAGUAUCCCGCCCCUGAACCACCGCACGGGCCUCAUACUUUUGUCGACGAUGCUCUGUACCUGAAGGAUCACUAUCAUGCCGCAGGAGGCUCGUCGAUAAUCAUGAAGUACACGGGCAAGACGCCAGUGCCAGUUUCCGAGACGAGCCCCUCGACACCCGAGGAACGUUUCCAGGGCUUGUCGCUUAGGGACCGGGCUCGCGGGGCGCGGUCCCCUCUCAGGUCACCGGCGCGGUUCAUCCAACAGCGAGGGGUAGAGGCUCUUUUCCAAGGUGCCGCCAAGAACGUCAUCGAGCGCGGCGAGAAGCUGGGCAUUAAUCAGGCUGUGCGCGACGCCAUGGGAGAGAUCCGGAAGAACAUGCAGGGCCUCCAGGAGGCAAGAAACAACUUCACCGAACACAGCCGCUCCAGAUCAAAUACACCGAGAGAUAACAUUUUCCCCAAUGGCACCGCCGCCUCUCCAGUUGAAGAGUUGAGGAAGACGUUGGCAGAGUUGGAGCAGAGGAACAAGCAGCUGGCCAUCUUCCUGGACGAGGCAAUCACGGGACUCAAGGAAGUGUCCGACUCGAAAUUCGAGGGCGAAAAGCAAAAGGCCCUCGAGAGCGUCGAGCUGGCCGCCGCAAAGGCACAGCUCGUCAAGGUCUACCUGGAAAACCCAUCGCUCGAGCUCCCGACAGAGGAACCCCGGGAGGACGACAGGGGACCGCCACAGAUCGUAGUGGACGACGACGCUUUGCCCGUGCCCGCAGUAGUAGCGGACGAUAUCAACCCUCCGGUAGCUAACAAUAUAAUCAACGACGCCACCUCGCCGAGCCUGAUGGUCGCAGCGGACGAGAUGAUGGUUGACCCGGCGGCGCCAGGCACGCCCCCGAGGCAGGAGGCGACGAUGGAGGGCGUCGAGCACUCGUCCCCGCUAUCACCGACGUCGCAGCCGCCUCCGGCGCUCCUCCGGCCCACCGCCGUGCCGACGCGCUCUACCAUGGCGCAGUCCUCCUUCGCCCUGAUGCUCGAGCCGGACCAGAGCCCUUCCGCCGCGUCCCACGGGUCCCCGGGCUACUCGCCCUCCUCGUCGCUGCCCUCGGCCGGCACCACGCCCACGCAGAACACACACAUCCACUACCGCAAGAGCCCCCGCGACAGCGUCAGCCGCGACCGCAACGCAUUCCUCUUUGGCGAGGUCACGGACCAGUCUGCCGCGGCGGCUGCCAAGGCGUUCACCUCUGAGGAUAUCUUUGGCCUGGAGCCGCUGCGCAGGCGGCCCAGCAAGGCCAGGGGAAAGUAUGAGGACUUGUUUGGGGGGACGUUGUCGGAUAGCUAGAAUGAUCGGGUGCAGAGGGGCGUACACGGCUUCCUUUUUUGUUCUCCUAGCCCGAUUAUGUGUUCUUUGCGCUUUCAUCUCCAGCGAGAAGGACGAUGUGCUGUACAAUUGGUUGCUUUUUGGGUUGCAAAGUAGGUGGGACUGGAAUCGCAGCGGUGUUGCCCGCCUGACUUCACCCCAUACCCUGGGCGGACACUGACCCGACUUGCCUUGCGUUGCGUUGCGUUACGGCAGCUGUAUUUACAUUACCUCGACACAUAUUCCUUUUCCGGUAGAGUUAGAGUUUGGUAUGAAUAGAUGCACAUAAGAUUGCUAUG